AACAUGACACAUUACAUUUGUAUGACGUUUUAGUUGAUACAUUUGAAUCAAAGAAUAUACCAAGUUUUGAAUUUUUUCUAUUUUUUUGAACUUUACAAGUUUAUAUUGUGAUUUAUUAUAUACAUUAUAAAUGAUUUUGUCAAGAGUUAGCAAAUUUAGGAGGAUUUUGUGUCCGAACUUUUAUAUUACAGCCACAAAAAACUGUAAAAUGGAUAGUCGCACAAUGUGCAGUACAUGUCUACCAAAAACCGAUAUAAAUAUAGGACAUGCCUGUCAAGGCGGAAGCGGAAUGGUAAAGCUGGAUGUGGAUACUUUUGGAGCACUCCAAUCAAAAUCAGGAGAAAAAAGAGAAAUUAAACGGUUUACUUGGACAAAUAGUAAUAAAGUUGCAAUUCAGCUUAUCAAUUAUGGCGGUAUUAUUACUACAUUAAAAGUACCAGAUAGGUGUGGAAAAGUUGAAGAUAUAACUACCGGAUAUGACUGCGUCGAAGGAUACCAGAAAAACAAAGACCCCUACUUUGGAACAACAGUUAUUGGAAGAGUGUCCAACAGAAUAGCAAACGGAAAAUUUACUGUAGACAAUGUUGAAUACAAGUUAUCAACAAACCAAGGUCCACAUCAUUUACAUGGCGGCGUUCGAGGCUUCGACAAAGUUUUAUGGAAUUAUUACCUUAAAGGAAAUAAGGUAGCUCUAACUUAUCAUUCCGCAGAUUUGGAAGAAGGAUAUCCAGGAGAUCUUACAGUAACAGUUACCUAUGAAUUGACAGAGAACAGUGAAUUUUUAAUCGACUACAAAGCAGUAACUUCCAAAGCGACUCCCGUCAAUUUAACCAAUCACGCAUACUUUAACUUAGGAGGGCAUGGCUCAGGAGCUGAAGAGUUAUACAAGCACGAAUUUACCAUCAAUGCUGAUAGGUAUACUGAAGUGACUCCAGAUGCAAUACCAACAGGAAAUAUACCUACGGUUUCUGGAACUGUUUUUGAUUUAAGAGAACCAAAAGUUUUGGGAGAUGUAAUAUGUAAUGUUAAAAACUCGGCAGACUCCCCGGGAUACGAUCACAACUUUGCAAUUACCAGAUCUACUUCGGAUGUAGUAUUUGCGGCCAAAGCAUACCAUCCUCCCAGUGGAAGAUCUCUAGAAGUAUACACUAACCAACCAGGUAUUCAAUUUUAUACUAGUAACUUUUUGCCAGAAGAUAACUCCUUCCAAGGCAAAGGAGCGACCUAUAAGAAACAUGGAGCUUUCUGUUUUGAAACUCAAGUACACCCUAACUCUAUUAACCAGCAAAACUUCCCGAAAGUUGUGUUAUAUCCAGGCGAACUAUAUCAUCACUGUACUAGUUUUAAAUUCUUAACAAUUUAAAUUAAGAAUUGAUGUAAAAAUAAAAAAAAAUUAAAAUAAAAGUAUUUCUACUAUUUCCAAAA